ACACAGCCCGGAGAGAAAAGUAGGGAACACGGUAAAGUUGCCGAUGGAUCUUUGUCUGUGUUUAUAUUUAUCUCGUGUUUUUGUUUUACGAUCCGCCCUGGCCUAAACUUUACCAAAAACUCUCCCCCGUUGUGACCUAACCUAGUUGAAAAUUUCACCCCCAAGAAAUGCAUGUGGCUCGAACCCUGCUUUCCUGAACAGCCGUGUGUCGUGAUCUACCUUGCUCCUGACAGAGAAGGAAAUUAUCGCCGACCAAGUUUUGAGUAGAGACCCUGACAAUACUUGUCAUGGAUUAUUUUAAUUGUGAUUGUAGAAAAAAAUCAAACUAACAAUUCAGGCCAGUAAUGUCUGUCCCGUCAUCGUCGUCGAAAGGUAUAAAUAGAGAAAAACCCGGAGGAACAAGUCCAAGCCCUGUGGAAGGUGUCGAAGGAAUUCCAGGACCAAGUUCCUUAGAUCCAAUCCAUUGUCCAUUACCACCAGAUGGAGAAUCCGAAGACUACGGUGACGAGGCAGAAGAUGAAGAUGAUGACAGUACUGAGGAAGAAAGCGAAAUUAGCGACACAGGGCUGUUUUGUGAUGCCGAGUGCGAAGAAGAAGAAGCCGAGGAAAGCGACUGCCAAUCUCCAAUUCUACAGUCACAACCACCUUUAUCACACAGGCUGCAAAGUCCUAUUUUGCACACCUGCGUUCCUUUGGACGUUGUGCAGCCUCAGAGAAAACGUAAAAGUGAUACAGAGUCCAAUUUACCUUGUAAAAAGCUUAGUCCAGAGGAGAAAUCUCACACAUCAAUCACGAGAAAGUUGGACGAUAAGGGCAAACCUGUGAGAUUCGUGAUACCCACGAAAGACAAUCCACCUCCUGAAUUGAGCUCGUGGCUCUUACAAUUUCAGAGGUGGUCAAAUGCUGAAAGGAUAUUAGCUAUAGACGAAUUAAUAGAAAGGUGCGAACCGACGCAGGUCCGUCACAUGAUGCAAGUGAUAGAACCUCAGUUUCAAAGGGACUUUAUCUCUCUUCUGCCGAAAGAACUAGCCUUAUCCGUAUUAGCAUUUCUGGAACCCCGUGAUCUGCUGCGGGCAGCUCAAACGUGUCGUAGUUGGCGUUUCCUCGCGGACGACAAUCUGUUGUGGAAGGAAAAGUGCAGAGCAGCUGGAAUAGAUGAUCCGAAGGACUCGCCCUCAUCGAAACGUAAAAACUCGAGAACCUCGAGUAAUUGCUCGUCACCGUGGAAGCAGGCCUAUAUGCGGCAGCACAAUAUCAAAAUGAAUUGGCGAACAAAACCAAUCCGUCCACCAAAGGUUCUCAAGGGCCACGACGAUCAUGUCAUUACUUGCCUCCAGUUCUCGGGAAAUAGGAUAGUGAGCGGAUCCGAUGACAAUACUCUCAAAGUCUGGUCAGCUGUUACUGGCAAGUGUUUAAGGACAUUAGUUGGCCACACGGGCGGAGUGUGGUCCUCGCAAAUGGCGGGUACGACAGUAAUCAGUGGCAGUACGGAUCGCACUUUAAAAGUGUGGAAUGCAGAGACUGGUCACUGUAUCCACACAUUGUAUGGUCAUACAUCAACGGUGAGAUGUAUGCACCUGCACGGAAAUAAAGUUGUGAGUGGAAGUAGGGAUGCGACUUUAAGGGUGUGGCAAGUGGACACUGGGGAGUGCUUACACGUGCUUGUGGGACACUUGGCUGCAGUUAGGUGCGUGCAAUAUGAUGGCAAACUUGUUGUCAGUGGAGCUUAUGAUUACAUGGUUAAGGUCUGGAAUCCAGAACGCGAAGAGUGCCUUCAUACUCUGCAGGGACACACGAAUCGCGUUUACUCGCUUCAGUUCGACGGUGUCCAUGUGGUGAGUGGAUCUCUGGAUACGAGCAUCAGGGUCUGGGAGGUCGAAACGGGUGCAUGCAGACAUACAUUGAUGGGCCACCAAUCGCUCACUUCCGGUAUGGAGCUGCGUCACAAUAUCCUCGUGUCCGGAAAUGCGGAUUCAACCGUGAAAGUUUGGGACAUUGUUAGCGGACACUGUCUACAAACACUGUCUGGUCCUAACAAGCAUCAGUCCGCAGUCACUUGUCUGCAAUUUAAUAGUCAUUUCGUGAUAACUUCCUCUGAUGAUGGAACUGUCAAACUCUGGGAUGUUAAUAAUGGUGAUUUUAUUAGGAAUCUCGUAGCGCUAGAGAGCGGAGGAAGUGGAGGUGUUGUGUGGCGAAUUCGAGCGAGUGACACGAAGCUGGUGUGUGCAGUGGGUAGUCGUAACGGUACGGAGGAAACCAAACUUCUUGUUCUGGACUUUGACGUAGAAGUGAAAUAGUGUACCUCAAUAUUGGUGAGAAGACAGCUUCGCUACGUGACUUCUGUAAAUAAUUUAAUUAGGUAGCGUAACCAAUCUACUGUACAAUGUUUCAUGUAUUAAGUGGUGUGAUUGUGAUAAGACUGCAGAUGGGAAAUCCGGAGAAGCAAGGUAAGCGACAAAACAAGUGUCGUGUCGUCUGAGCGUUCUGAUCGUUCUGAUCGUUCUGAUCUCCCACUCUUUCGAUGGAGUGAGAAGAUAACAUUAGUUUUCAUGAUUGUUGGAUGUACCUAGCGCAGUGUACAAACUAGGAGACUCAAAAGACUCAAAGCUAAACUAUGAAGAAUACGGAGCUUACUUGAAUUACUAUUGAUACAUUGCUGUAAAACGAUGCAACGAUAUCUUUGGUGAUGGACAUCGAAAGGCUCAGAGCUUUGUUGGAUGCUGCGACAAUGUCGAUUGUGGCGCCACCACCCAGUCAUCUGGAGAAUGAUACAACUCUAGAAAUUUCUAACAAGAGUUUGGGCCCCCAUUCAUGAAUUGUGUGACACUCUUUUUUUCUCUUGUCAAUUUUUCACCGAAUUACCAAAUAAUUAGAAGAUAUUGACAUGAAAAGAAAGACGAGUUAACAGAUUUAGAGGAAAUUUAUUUGAAACAAUUAAAGGAUUAAUUUUUUACGAUUCUUUUAUAUUAAUAGAACCCAUCUUCAAUUAUUUAAUAUUGUAAAUAAUGGAGAGAUUUUAUAUCCAAUUUUUUAAUAUUUAUUAUUUAAAAAAAUUUAAUAUUGGUUAUGAAUUUUUAUAGAUUUUUUCGGCAAGCUAAACGUGACGUAAAAUAAGCUAAACAUUUUAAGGAACUGAAAUCAUAAUAAACGUUAAUGAAAUUUAAUAUAAAACGAUAUUAUACUGGUUUUUCGAAUAUUUGAUCAAAUUGCUGAGGUUCACAUUUAUAAUAACAAUUUAGGAGAUCGAAACCCUUUACUAAAGCUUUUUAAUAUCUUUAUUUCAUGUUUAAUCUGUUGUAAAAUCUAUAAAAGUGGGUCAAUAAAUAUAAGGGUGUAUUUAGUAAAUAGUACAAAGUCUGAUCAAAUAGAAAAAUGAAUGAUUUUGUGAGUAGUAGUAAUUUUAAAAUUGUUCAGAAAACUUUUAUUUGAUGAAUUUUUUAGACACUAAAAUAUU